AUGAUUUUUAAACCAUCAACAGCACGAUCUCUCGUUUUUCGCGUAAAACACGCCGGCGUUCAAGGGAAUGUCCGCACUCCUGUAUAUAUGGCGUUGAGCCGACGCUUUUACGCUUCCAGCCCAUCCAAGAACAGUGAAUACGACUUGUGUGUUAUCGGAGGUGGUCCAGGCGGUUAUGUUGCUGCCAUCCGUGGAUCUCAACUCGGAUUAAAGACCGUUUGUGUUGAGAAGCGUGGUAGUUUGGGUGGUACUUGCUUAAAUGUUGGAUGUAUCCCUUCCAAGGCUAUGCUGAACAACUCCCAUAUCUAUCAUACCAUCACUCACGAUACAAAGCACCGUGGUAUUGAAGUUUCCGAUGCCAAGGUCAACAUUGGUCAAAUGUUGAAGGCUAAGGAUGACUCUGUAAAGUCUCUUACCACGGGUAUCGAAUUUUUGUUCAAGAAAAAUAAGGUUGAAUAUGCCAAGGGUACCGGUUCUUUUGAGGACCCCAAUACUCUUGCAGUAAAGGGUAUCCAAGGCGCCCCUGAUCGCCAGAUCAAAGCCAAGAACUUCAUCAUUGCUACUGGUAGCGACGUAAAAGCAUUCCCAGGUAUUACAAUCGAUGAAAAGAGAAUUGUUUCUUCUACCGGAGCCUUGUCUUUACCUGAAGUCCCCAAGAAAAUGGCUGUUUUGGGUGGUGGUAUCAUCGGUUUAGAAAUGGGAAGUGUUUGGUCUCGAUUGGGAGCAGAUGUUACCGUUGUUGAAUUCAUGCCUUCUGUUGGUGGUGUUAUGGAUACCGACAUCUCGAAGGCAUUCUCUCGCAUCAUUGGCAAGCAAGGCCUUAAAUUUAAGACUUCCACAAAGAUGCUUAGUGCUAAAGACAAUGGCAAGGCCGUUGAAAUGGAAAUUGAAGAUAUGAAGAAGAACAAGCGCGAGAAAUUGGAAGCAGAUGUUUUAUUGGUUGCUAUUGGCCGUUCCCCUUACACUGAAGGUCUCGGUUUGGAGAAGGUUGGUAUUGAAUUGGACAAGGCCAAUCGUGUUAUCAUGGACAGCGAAUACCGCACCAAGCAUCCUCAUAUCCGUGUCAUUGGUGAUGCCACUUUUGGACCCAUGUUGGCCCACAAGGCUGAGGAUGAGGGUAUUGCUGCCGCUGAAUUUAUUGCUAAAGGCCAAGGACAUGUUAACUACAAUGCUAUUCCAGCUGUAAUGUACACUCACCCCGAAGUUGCCUGGGUUGGUAUGACUGAGCAACAAGCCAAAGAAUCUGGUUUGAAGUACAAGAUCGGUACCUUCCCCUUCAUGGCCAACUCCCGUGCCAAGACAAACAUGGAUGCUGAGGGUUUGGUUAAGGUCAUUGCUGAUGCCGAAACUGACCGUCUCUUGGGCUGCCACAUCGUCGGCCCAAUGGCUGGUGAACUCAUUGGUGAAGCUACUCUCGCUAUUGAAUAUGGUGCUAGUGCUGAAGAUGUUGCUCGUGUUUGCCAUGCCCAUCCUACCUUAUCUGAAGCCGUGAAGGAGGGCAUGAUGGCUGCUUGGACCGGUAAAAGUAUUCAUUUUUAA